UGUGUGUGUGUGUGUGUGGAGCUGUCAGCUUUUUCUACACAAAUCCCUGAGUCAUGCUUUGACUGGAGAGUUAAGGGUCGGUCGAUAGUGAACGCAGACUGAUCCAACAGAUCCUUGCAGUGAAGAUGUAUUUGUGUGUGUUGGCGUGCAGAGGGUUGAAAUGGAACAGCGGCAGGAUUUUGUCUGCAGUGAAUUCCUCCCGAGCCAAGAGCUCCUGAGUUUUUGAUUCCCACUGCUAACCCUCCACCCUCCUAACUCUAGCACCAUUGGAGCCAGCUGUCACAGUCGGGUAUGGGACCUACCAUCUGACAAUGUGCCGAUGCCAAGUGACCCGGGAUUGCCCUGGUAUUGGGAGAACCAUCUGGUGCUGUGUGUGGACAUUGUCUGGCCACUGACCCAUUGAGAAACAGAUGCUCUAUCCUCGGAGCCCUUAACAUCUCCUUCCACACUCAAGACCACCGAACGUUUUUUUUUCCCCUCUGCUGGGUUCCCCAUCUCCCCAACCCCCUCCUGCUUUUUUUUUGGAGAGUCUGGGUAGCCUUAAAAGUUGCAGCUUGUUCCUGUGAUGGCGAACGAACUCGUCCUGUAGCAUAGCAGAUGUGACCUCCUCCAUCGUCGGAUUAAGGGAGAGAGAGAGAGAGAGAGAAAGAAAGAGGAAUUCCGGCGACUGAGAUGACAAGAGAGACACCAGCCUAGGGGUGGCCAUGGAUGAUUCUGAUAUUGUUAGACGAAGGAGAGUUCAGAAAGAUCUGCCUUUGACGAGGAAAGGGAGCAGUUGUCGAACCAGCAACAGGAAAAGCUUGAUUCUGACCAGCACAUCACCAACUCUCCCACGACCUCAUUCGCCACUCCCGGGCCACUUAGGCAGCAGCCCCUUGGACAGUCCACGGAACUUCUCUCCGAACGCACCGGCACACUUUUCAUUUGUGACCUCUCGAAGCCAUGGUCAUCGCACCGACAGGGCAGAUGGACGUCGAUGGUCCCUCGCCUCAUUGCCAUCCUCAGGAUAUGGGACCAACACUCCCAGCUCCACCGUGUCUUCAUCAUGCUCGUCACAGGAGAAGCUUCACCAGUUGCCCUUCCAACCCACGGUGGACGAAUUGCAUUUCCUGUCCAAACACUUUGGCAGCACCGAGAGCAUCACCGAUGAUGAUGGCGGACGACGCUCUCCAGCGGUACGGCCACGAUCUCGGAGUCUCAGCCCUGGGCGCUCUCCUUCCUGCUAUGAUAAUGAAAUAGUGAUGAUGAAUCAUGUCUACAAAGAAAGGUUCCCAAAGGCCACUGCCCAGAUGGAGGAAAGGCUGCAGGAGUUCUUCACAGUCAAUGCUCCAGAGAAUGUGCUCCCCCUGGCUGACGGAGUCCUCAGUUUCAUCCACCACCAGGUCAUCGAAAUGUCCAGGGACUGCCUGGAUAAGUCGCACGAGGGACUCAUCACUUCACGCUACUUCUAUGAGCUGCAGGAGAAUCUGGAGAAGCUAUUGCAAGACGCACAUGAACGGUCUGAGAGUUCAGAGGUUGCUUUUGUGACACAGUUGGUGAAGAAGCUCCUGAUCAUCAUUGCACGGCCUGCACGAUUACUCGAGUGCCUGGAAUUUAACCCUGAGGAAUUUUACCAUCUGCUGGAGGCUGCUGAAGACCAUGCAAAGGAAGGCCAUGGCAUUAAAAUUGACAUUCCACGUUACAUCAUCAGUCAGCUGGGACUCACCCGUGACCCCCUGGAGGAAAUGGCCCACCUGGAUACCUAUGACAGUCCAAAUCUCAACACCCAAGAACUGGUCGACUUGAUUGAUGGUCGUGGACCUUCUGGCAAACCCCCAAAGGCACCAUCUGAAGAAGACUUUGACACCAUUAAACUAAUAAGCAAUGGGGCAUAUGGUGCUGUUUACUUGGUGAGGCACAGAGAGACAAGGCAACGAUUUGCCAUGAAGAAGAUAAACAAACAAAACCUAAUACUUCGCAACCAGAUUCAGCAGGCCUUUGUGGAGCGUGAUAUCCUUACCUUUGCAGAGAAUCCUUUUGUUGUUAGUAUGUUCUGCUCUUUUGAGACCAGACGGCACCUCUGCAUGGUUAUGGAAUAUGUGGAAGGAGGUGACUGUGCAACAUUGCUGAAAAAUAUUGGUGCUCUGCCUGUGGACCUGGCCCAGAUGUAUUUUGCUGAAACUGUUCUGGCUUUGGAAUAUUUACACAAUUACGGCAUUGUCCAUCGGGACCUAAAACCUGACAAUCUCUUGAUAACAUCGAUGGGGCACAUUAAGCUAACAGACUUUGGCCUCUCAAAGAUUGGUCUUAUGAGCCUCACCACAAACCUGUACGAGGGUCACAUUGAAAAGGAUGCCCGGGAAUUCCUGGACAAGCAGGUGUGUGGCACUCCUGAGUACAUUGCCCCGGAGGUCAUCGUGCGACAGGGAUAUGGGAAGCCGGUCGACUGGUGGGCAAUGGGUAUUAUACUGUACGAAUUUCUGGUGGGGUGUGUCCCUUUCUUUGGUGACACACCUGAGGAAUUGUUUGGCCAGGUCAUCAGUGAUGAUAUAAUGUGGCCUGAUGGUGAUGAGGCACUCCCAGCAGAUGCUCAACACCUUAUUUCCUGUCUUCUGCAGCCAAACCCAUUGGACAGACUGGGGACAGGAGGGACCUAUGAAGUCAAGCAACAUGCUUUCUUCAAAGACCUGGACUGGACGAGCCUGCUGCGUCAAAAGGCAGAAUUCAUUCCCCACCUGGAGUCAGAAGAAGACACAAGUUACUUUGACACUCGCUCUGAUCGAUACCACCAUGUCAAUUCUUACGAUGAGGAUGACACCAAUGAAGAUGAACCAGUGGAAAUUCGACAGUUUUCCUCCUGCUCGCCUCGCUUUAUUAAGGUUUACAGCAGCAUGGAACGCCUCACGCAGCAUGAGGAACAGAAAGCCCCAGUGGUCACUCGACGCAACCUAAACAAACACAAGGAGGAAAAGAGUGAGAAGAUGGAGGGGCUGAGCUCCAUCAGCACCCGGGACAAGAGCUGGAGGACAAGCUCUCCGGAAAUGAAGCGCCUCUCUGCAUCUGAGUCUUCUUACGGCGAAAGUGACUCCAGUCCCCCUCUCACCGUACGCCGCAGGUUCUCCGCGCUUAUGGACACUCACAAGUUUGCCACACCCCUUGAGGAUGACACAGAGGUGACUCACAGACACCAGGGGGUGCAGACAGUGAUGCCAGUCCAGGACCAGUCAAGCCAGUUGGAGCCACCGCAGAAAGAUGUGGAAGGACAGAGUGCCAAUGUUGCAGGAAAUGCCAGCAGUAGUCCGACAUUCCCAGCUGGCAGGCCAGUGAAGUUAAGUGAGUCGCUGUGUGCUGUUUCGAAGGAAGCAGAUUCCUUGUCCACAAAGGCAACAAGUGACCUGGCAGUCCGCAGAGCACGUCACCAGCAACUAUCUGGGGACUCAGCUGAGAAGCGCACAUCUCGGCCCAUCAACAAAGUCAUCAAAUCCGCUUCGGCCACUGCGCUUUCGGUCAUGAUCCCUGCAGUAGAUCAACACAGCAGUUCACCUCUUGCCAGCCCUAUGUCACCAAGAUCACUGUCAUCUAAUCCUUCAUCGCGGGACUCCUCACCAAGCCGUGACUUCUCACCAGCAGUGACUAGUCUCAGGUCCCCAAUCACCAUCCAUCGCUCAGGAAAGAAGUAUGGAUUCACACUUCGUGCCAUCCGUGUUUACAUGGGAGACAGUGAUGUGUACAGUGUCCAACACAUGGUCUGGCAUGUAGAAGAUGGAGGACCUUCCCAUGAAGCUGGACUUUGUGCAGGUGACCUUAUUACUCAUGUCAAUGGGGAACCUGUCCAUGGACUCGUCCACACUGAAGUUGUGGAACUUAUUCUGAAGAGUGGAAGCAAAGUGACUGUAACCACAACACCAUUUGAGAACACUUCCAUCAAGAUUGGUCCAGCCCGGAGAUCCAGCUACAAAGCCAAAAUGGCAAGGAGGAAUAAGAAAAGCACAGGAAAGGAAGGGCAGGAGGGUGGUAAGAAGCGAAGUUCUUUGUUUCGAAAGAUAACCAAACAGUCUAACCUGCUGCACACGAGCCGCAGUCUCUCGUCCUUGAACCGUUCGCUCUCAUCCAGUGACAGUUUACCUGGCUCGCCCACACACAGUUUCUCCGCUCGCUCGCCUACGCAGAGCUACAGACCAACGCCAGACUCUGGCUAUUUAGGUGGAGGGGGAAACUCGUCUCAGAGUAGCUCCCCAGGCUCAAGUGUACCAAAUUCCCCGGCCACCCCGCACCACAUCCGGCCCAGCAGCCUUCACGGCUUGUCCCCAAAGCUCCAACGCCAAUACAGAUCAGCACGGUGCAAGUCAGCUGGGAACAUCCCGCUGUCCCCUCUUGCUCACACUCCGUCACCUACUCACCCGUCCCCUCAACACCCUUCAUUUCCGCUACCCGCCCACACGGUCGGCAGCUCCAACACCACCCAAACCUUCCAUAUCAAGUUACACUCGUCGCCCCCGGUGGUGAGACCGCGGCCAAAGAGUGCAGAGCCCCCCAGGUCCCCUCUCCUCAAGAGAGUGCAGUCAGCAGAGAAGCUGUCCAUCCCGCUCUCUUCUGAGAAGAAGCUCGCAAUCCGAAAGCACAGCCUCGAGGCCUCCCACUCGGAGUUCCGGAAGGAAGGCCUGCAUUCUGACACUAGUCUGCAGAGUCUGAUGGAAUCGGAGGGAGAAGUCCUGGGAUCAAAGAGUGACAGCAGUGAGAUGGGUCCUUUCCGACAGAUGGCUGUAAGGAAGCUGGGCAGACAGGAGUCUCCACUGAUUGAUAGAGAUAUAUUCUCGACAAUCAGGCAGGAAAGGGGGGAAGGACUUGACCCAGUGCAGGAACUAGAAGUUAAAAUCAAUGAUCAUGAGGAGAUUCCAGUCGGAGGGGUCAAUGUGGAUCAUGAAGGCGUAACAAGAACCUGUUCCACAUUUAACUGUCAGAGUGGCUCCAGUGGGAUUAAGGACAUGACCAAACAUUUGGCUGAAGUGCAGGGAAGUAGUGGUUCUUCUUCUUCAUCGCUAAAGGAAACCAGUGGAAAGACUGCAGCUUCAAAGGCCGAGAUUUCUGAUCCAUCUUCUGACACAGGAGCAGCCAAAAAGUCAGAUCAAAGCUUAGGUAAGGACACACCAUUUGGUACCACGAGAGUAAAGAAUGGUGCCUCUUCUCCCUCUGCUUCAACAACACGCAUGGACAAGUAUUCUGGAUUAUCACAAAUCUCCAGACCGGAUACUUUGCAAACACCUUCCGAAUUGAAAAUGUCUCCAGCACCUGUAGAGAUCAGCCUUAAUGUCAAUGUUACACAGCCAGUCCAAAUAAACUGCGUCUCAGAACCUCCAGAGAAAAAUCACUCCAAGGAACCCAGGAAAACACGGUCCGUCGAUCCUGCGAACCGGAGACAUCAAGGAGUGCAAACUGAACCAUUAGGGCCUGGCUCCCAGAACCAGGAUGGUGCCUGCAAACUAAUGCCAGACUACAGCACCAUGACGUUGCCAACUCAGAGGUCAGAGCUAAAAGAUGUAUCUCCAGCAGCCAGUUCCCAGCCGGACUAUGAGGAGAAGGGCAAAGCAGUGGAAAUUCCUUCUAAGCUGGAUGCUGCAAAGCUGCUUUUUGAUGGAAAAGAUGCCCACAAGAAGAGCAUGGCUUGUGAGACCAAAGAUAACAUUGAACAGCCAUGCAAGAUUGAGGAGAAGAAAAUCUGCGGUGAUGAGAUUUUGCCUCAGGAAAGCCUCCUGCAACCAGCCAAAAGACCCGAUGCUGUAGAUAAAAGUGCCCCAGUUAACUGUUACAAAGAAGCAUGUGAGGCAUCUGUAGAGGUUAAAGGGGCUCCGGAGACUAAAAUAAAGAAGUCACCCACCCCUACACCAUGCGGAGCUGGGCAAGGAUCCUCAGCGGUGGUGUCGUUGUGCUCCGACAAACCAGGUUUUGUCAACCAUUUGGCCUCUGUGGCAAAGAGUGUACUUGGGCCCGUGAAAAUGGCCAUCCCUGUGGUACCAGCUGCAGCAGAAAGACGGAAGGCAGGGGACAAUGCAAAGACACUUGCUGAGCAACAAGGGAACUCCACAGCCCUGUUAGGAGCAGUCACUAAGCCAGUCUCCAUGGCAACCUCACAAGACAUAGGCAGUGUGGCUGUUCAUGAAAAGAAAGAGAUAACCCGUCAGACACUUUAGCAAGGGCUCAGUGACGAAAGACCUGCAAAUGAAAGGGCGAGCAAAGCGAAUUAUAAAUCAGACUGUUCGUGACGCAAGAAUCAAACCAUGCAACUGAGGAAAAAAAAUACUAAAAUCUCAGAUUCUGAUUGCCAAGGUGCUUGUUAAGUUGCAAACAAAAUUACCAGAGGUUUAGAUAUUUCAAAAGAAUGUGAAAAGUUUAAAAAUGAUAGUGUUUCAGCAUCAUGUGAUUGCAUGUUUAUGUAUAAAAUAUACUGGCUAAGUGCAUUACAUGCUUAAACUGCUUCUACAUGUGGUCAUGAUACAUAGUUAAAUAUUCUGAAGUGCUCUUGUAAAAAGGUUAGUAAAUUAUUGAAGUUAUGUAAGUUGGCUGCAGAUUAGCAUUAACCCUUAUCAACACCUUGCAAUCUUAGAAAAUGUUCUGAAUUAUUUCAGAAUUAGCGCUGCACGUGUUAUUAUAGGGACCCAUGCAUCUGUUACUGGCUGUAGUGUAGGAAAGUUAAUGCGCUUUAAACAGUUCUUGCCCUCCAUUCCAGCGUGGAAUGUUUGUGUCCACACACUAGCUGUAUUAUGGCCUGGUUUUGAGGCUAUUUUUGUUGCCUGACUUGUUGACUGUUCAAAACAGAGGCAUUGAUUCAGAUUAUUGUUCCAAUCAGCUUCAGAAGAUGAGGGCUCUGUGAUAUGUAGCAAACAGUCCCUUUAACAAAAGUGUGAUAGGUAUUUCCAUUCCCAGGCCCCUGGGCUUUUUGUGAAGUUACACACUGCAUUUCAGAUUCAAAGAGAUAGUUACUUGUAGCAACUCCCAGAGCUAUCAGACUUUCAGAUUCCGAAUGAAACUGUCGCACUUUGGGCCAAUCUCUCAAUUGGCAUACCAGUACCAUGUUCUCUUUAGGUAGCUCAGAUUGGUGAUAACUGGUCUUUGUCAUUAAAAUAUUAAUUUGCCAAGAAUCUGCAUGGCACCAGCUCUUGAUAUCAGUGUAAAGAUGGAGGCAGGUCAGGUGCAGUUUACCACAUUAAUUCUUGAAGCAUUUAACUGCUAUUCAGCUGCCAUCUUGCUUGUUUGUUAAAUGCAAAGGGUUUCUGAUGGUGUUACGGGUUACUGUCCUAUGGUUGAGCUUUAUUGCCUGUUGGUGCAGUGCAAUCUAUCUUCCAUUCUGUCGCUUUGAAAUGUUAUCAGGAGAACAGCCAUUUAAACAGACCACAUAAAAUCGGUCCAGUCGGAUGUAGCAGCAAGUACUUUUAAGGCAGGGGGUACAAGACCAACCCUCAGUCUUUCUAAGCACCUUCUUAGUUGCAUCUCGCUGGUGAAUUCCUCUUUCCAACGUAUUCCUGUAACUGGGUCAAGCAUUGAGCUAACUUUGUGUAUUAAUGUUGGUCUGAUAGAAUGGUUGCAAACCUCAAUGAAAUGUUAAUGUGCACCUGAGUUGCACUGUAACAGCAGCCAAUACGAGUAGCAAAAGGUUGAAUUGUUAAAGUCAAAUUCUACUGUGCCUUUUGAUGAGUUGCAACCAAUUGCUACAACUAUUUUUAAAGUUCGAUAGUAUUUCAGAAGAGAAUUGGAUAAAUACUUGAAGGGGAGAGGAUAACAGAAAAGGUGACAGGGACUAAAAUCUUUCAGCAAGCUAACAUGGGUACUGUGGGCCAAAUGGCCUCCUCCUGCACUGAGAGAUUCCAGUUAGCUAACAGACUGGCUGAUGCCCAAAGUGAAAGUGUUUAUAACCAUGACUCAGCUGAAAUGUUAGAAGUCCAUCCAUUGGAAGUCUGGGUACUGGAAUGUCCCAGAACAGAAGAACUUUGAAUCAAAGUGAGGGUAGGGAGAGUAAGAUUCGAAUUCACAAUAAACAACAAACUUGUAGACUGACCCUGGUACUUUGAGGUUAUCCAGCCAUCCUGUGUUGCUGCCUCAGGGCUACAAGAUCCAGGUUCAUGUCCCACGUGUCCUGGAGAUGUGUGCUGACAUGUCUGAACAGAUCUGACUCAAAAUGCAUACCCAGCCAUUCUGUAUUGUUUAGUUUCAAAUAACCAGGUCUGUCUUAGCAUUUCCUCAACUGUCAAUGACUUCACCUGGUUUGUUUUCACGUCUACAGUGUGUACACAAUAUGUUGGGAAUUAUUGUGAAUGAUCCUAUAGACUGCUUUAAAAUGGAGAAUAUCACAGGUCUGCAAUAAAUCAUGGGUAAAACUUUUGCUUUUCCUGUCAUCCCCAUGGGCUUGUCAUGUCUUGUGGGGAAUAUUUCUUCUUUUCAGACAUUACUACCAUUCCACUUUCCUGUCUAUCUGUCUGUCUCUCUUUCCUCACUGCACACAGUUCCAGGGCAAUAUUUUGUUCCAAAGGCCUCCUUUACCAAUCCAUUUUGUGAAUUCCUUGGAUGAGAUAGUGGCUAGGAUUGACACCUCACAAUGAUUUGAAAACUCUCCCUGUGCAGAACUGGCCAGCUUCCUGCCAGCAGCUAGCCCUGAACAAAAGGGACAAAGGAUGGAGUUUUUAGCCCACCAGUUGGGGCCUGUAAUGAAGGUGAGAAGCAUGAAAUCCUGUAUCACUGAUGUGGGUGUGCCAAACUCCUGGCUCCAUACUGCCCCAGAUAAUUUUUCCAGAAGCUAAAUAUUGUGUGUCUCUGUGCGUGUCUGUGUGUGGAGAUGGGGCAUGUUGGGUGUCAAGAGUCAGUGGGAGAGGUGUCAGAAAGGAAUGAGGUGGCCAAUUGAUCCUGCUAAAAGCCAGUGAAUGGAAUGCUGUGUGUGAGGCUGGACGGUAGGCGUGUGUG